AUGUUUUCUUUGCUGUCAAUCAAGGACUUGGAGNGGAAGGUCAGCGAAAGGCAGUUUAAUGGUCUAAUUGAUGUUUGGAGAAGAAACAUUAAAACUGAUGGCAUUGUUGGACUCUACCGUGGUUCUAACAUUUCAUAUGUCCACACUUUAUUACAGCAUGCACUCUACACAGGAAUCUCUGGGCCAAUGCUAAUGUUACUUAAAUUCUUUGGGUUGCAGCUUGAUUCUUGGUGGCAUUUUACUGCAUUGGGGACAGCAACUUCUGUUUUGGUGGUUACGUACCCAUUGGAUAUUGUACAUCACAGGAUGGUGAUGAGAUCAGGAGAAGCUAUCAAGUACAAGAGUUCAUUUCAUGCAUUUUCUCAAAUCCUGAAAACAGAGGGUGUUGGGUCUCUUUACAAAGGUGCAACUGCACAAAUCCUUAAAAAUAUCGUCUUGCUUUGUCUUGUGCUGAGUCCUGUCAACUUAAAGUAUUUGAAACGACAAGUAAAUCUGGAGAUUAAAGUGAUCAAGGAAGUUUCAGAAUAA